AUUCAACUGGGAAUCAGCCGAGCCUCUAGUCUUUAGACCCUUCAAACCAAAGUACCACUUGACCAUGGCAAUCUCCAACCUCGACCCGUCAGAACUCAUCCCUAUGGACAAGACAUAUCUCUCUCGGCUAAGUCUACGAAAACAACUACUAGCCAAGCACCCAGAUGUCGUUCGUGCUGUGAACAUCCAACAUCACGAGCUACAGACGAAUGAUGAGAUCCGGGAUGCUAUAUACGAGUGGUACGCUUUCGUUAUGAGAACUUACUUACCAACGCGGUACCCGACGAUGUUUCGUCUCUUGCAUCCGUCGAACAGCAGCGACCACAAGGGAACACAGAUCGAGUCGCUUGUCACGGGUUUGAUAGUCCCCGUUGACCCUGAGGAAUUGGUGCGGUCGUUCUCUCAAUCCGAGGACAAUGUUAUGGCAGGUUCUGAGGUCCCUUCAGUGGAGUCCGACCGUCAAUCGGAGUACAGAAGGACGAAAGACGGUCUCCUCCAUCUUUUUGAUACCCUUGCGUCUUGGAUAGACGAAGACUUUCUUAUCCUCCUCCCUUCUCAACCCUCACCUUUAGACCAAGACCAAGAACCAAAGUACCAUCUGCAAGCUUACGCAACAUACUUCCCCUCAGGCUUCGACACGCGCACAAAACUCUCAAAGCCACUAUCUGAAAUCCACGCUCCAGUCCCGGGGUACAAGCAGAAAUUGGAGAAGUCAAUGGAUAGGUUCUUCGACAAGCUGGAGGUUGGCCGGGCCGUUUUGCGCGUGAAUUGGAGUAUCAUGACUAAGGGGACUGGGCUGUUUGCGGCAUUUGGUGGCUUGCAUGAUCAUUCUUCACCCUCUGAUCCUGCUUCUAUAGACACUAAAGCUGGCGAGCGGGGAGAUGAAGGGGAUGACGAGGAAAUUAAAAUUGAUGAGUUCGAUGGAGAUGAGACAUAUGUUCGCUGCGAGAGACAGACACUGCACCGGUUGCCAAAGACGAAAGCGUUGGUUUUUGCGUUCCAUACGUAUUUGUACCCGAUUCAGGAUAUUAAGGACGAGGGGCUUGGCGAGGAUUUGGCGGUUGCUAUUGAUGGGUUGAAGGAGGGAAGUGUGCCGGGGAUAUAUCCGUAUAAGAGGGGGCCAUACUGGGGAGAGGCGGUAAAGGCAUUUUUGAAAGCUUAGGUUAUUUCAUCGCAUUUAAUUUCUAUAUUCAAGCGGUCUGCUUUUCCUUUUGUUUAACUGUUAUAAGUUAUGAUACAGCAAGACGUCUACAGACGCUGGAUCACCUUAAUCAGAUCAGCAGUCACACCCAUAGCAGUCACAUCGCCUCCAGCACCGGCACCCUGCACGAUGAGCGGGUUGCUGCCGUACCGACGGGUGUAGAAGGAGAUAAUGUUGUCACUACCCUUGAGACCA